AUGGACGCUACAGCAUUUGUUGAAACUAUCCUAGCUGUUCGAUAUGCUCCUCAACUUAUUAAAUCUGGUACAUCGAUUAGGCAGCGGAUUUUGAGUUUAACUCCGCUGCAGUCUGGCACAACGUGCUUAGAAAGGAAACAUAAGCUGGGGAAGAUAGGCAAUUUGAAGAGCGAUUUGGCAAAUUUUGGAGUCUUAGACGGCAUAACUGCUUCGCAGUUUGCUGUAGUCGUGGGGUCACGUCGACCACGUCCAGCCUAG